AUGCCUCCAUACCUGCCACAAGACGAAGCGGCCACUGCUCCAGAGCCAGCGACCGCGCCGCCGACGAAGAGGAGGGGCCGCCCGAAGGGCUGGAAGCCGGGCAUGCCGUACUCGAGCUCAGGCGCCCCUACGCCCUCUGGCUCGCUGAAGCGCGCGGACCGCCGGGAAGGCCACGCGGUGAACUAUGCGCUGAAGCAGAGGCGCCGCGGACGGCCUGCCCGGAAGCCGUCGCCGACGCCGCAGGAGAUCUUCGAGAAGCUACAGCCGCGGUAUGUACCCUUUCUGUGCGAGUGGAAGGGAUGUCCCGCGGAGCUACAGAAUGCCGAGACUCUACGCAAGCAUGUCUACGUCGUGCACGGCCGGUCCGAGGUCCUCCAGUGCAAGUGGGCCAGGUGCGGCGAGGCGGCGCCGUGUCCGACGUUCAGCUCAAGGGACCGGUUCGAGCGUCACAUGGAGGAGCGGCACCUCGUCCCUUUUACGUGGCAUCUGGGAGACGGGUAUGGAAACAGCAUGGCGCCCGUCGAGGCGAGGGGGGCCUCGGAUUCGGUCCCGGACUACCUGCUCGACGACGAGGGCAAGCAGGUCACGCCGUCGGUGAAGGACCAAGAGGUGGAGGACUUCAUAACGUGGAGGAACAACCGGCGGCGGUUGAGGGAGCUGCUUCUGCAGCGGGACGCGAACGCGCCGUACGAAGACGAGGACGGUAAUGAGAUUGCUCCUUGA